UGUUUUCAUAUAGUGAAUUUGUGUCCUUUCAGUUUUUUAGGGAUAAUCAUUUCCUUGAAUUUUGGUUUCGCUUUAAGUAGCACAGAGUGUCGAAGCAGUAACAUGGCGCACCAAGCGUUUGGGAUUUUUGCAACUCUCUUGCUUGUAUGCUGUCUAGCGUUUGCCCAGGAAUAUGUACCGGAUGAGAUGAUUGAACUGGUGGAUAUAACGGGCUGGGGGCGGAACAGCGAACAAAUCAGAAUAGAGCCAUGGUUGAGUAAUUCGGCUACAAAAUUCUUGAUUGAAGUUUACAAGGAAUUAAGUGAGGAUGACGAGGAAGAUUUGCCAGAAUACUUCAGUUAUCUACACAAGACGCGUUAUAAACGUUCGCUCCCCGAUGAGACCUUGAUUACGUCUUUUGAUCGCAGGGAGAUAGAGUUGUGCAACAACAUAAUCACAUUCGCUAGCAGACCCCCACGGUUCAACUCAAAUUCCGCACUCUCCGGCGAUAUGUUCCUCAACUUCAAUUUGAAUGAUAUUCCCGACGACUUGGAGUUAACUCAUGGCGUCUUACGUGUCUACCAAAAUCCACAGCUGGGUGUAUACGGCAGUGGUAUGGCGGCAGAAAAGCAAACCUUUAAAGUCUCCUUAUACCAGCCAUCUGGAGAUUAUAUGCUAUAUAUUUCAUCGACAAAUACCACUACCGACUUCAGAGGUUGGCUGGAAUUGAAUGCAACCAGUCUACUUAAUAACUGGAUACGUUUUCGUACUUUCCAACAAACGCUCUUUGGCAACCAAUUACUUGUUGGUGUUGCCUUGCAUAAACCACACGCGGAAACAAGAAAUAUGCAAGUACAACAAAUAGCGGCAGCUGAUAUUGGUUUAGUACCGGCUCACGUGCAGCGCGAGAUGCUUGGUGUGCAGCCCUUCCUUAUCGGUUACUUUAAUGGUCCCGAUUUGCUGACAAAAGUGCAAGCGAAUACAGAUUAUACACGUCGGGAGCGUCAAAGUGAUUUUCUGCGACAUCAACGGCCACUAUUCGGGGAGCAUACAACAUUCGAGCAGGCGGCAAAAGGGGAGGCAAAACCAUGCGAACGUUACAGUUUUACGCUGGAUUUCUCGUUUUUGGGUAUAGAAAACUCGGUGAUUGCUCCAAAGACCUUCGCAACCUACUUCUGUUACGGUGAAUGCAAUUUCCCUUUGGGCACGCCUAUGAGUAAUGCUACCAAUCACGCGAUCGUGCAGACCUUGAUGCAUCUCUCGCGGCCAAGUCUACCGAAGCCAGCUUGCGUGCCAACCAAAUUGAGUCCAAUUUCCGUUCUACAUUCUAUCAAUGAGGACAACGCCAAUUUGAUACGAUUCUCGCAAAUCGUGGCCAAGGAAUGCGGCUGUCGUUGAGGGCGUACAGGACUUGUAGAUUAGAUUAGAUAAAUUGUAAUGUUGUUCAAAUAAUUAAAAAUAAAGUUACAUUUAGAGCAUGCAAAUACAUA